GGAUCGAUUAUUUGAAGAAGAAGGUCUAGAGAGAGAGAGAGAGAGAGAGAGAGAUUCGCCAUUGAGAUUGUGUCCCAAAAGCUCCAAAAGAAACACACGUUGCUGUUGUAAGGUAUCUUCGACGGGACGUUGAAGCGAGCAACAUACAACACGAAAUCCAUCUUCUUUCUUCUUCGUCUUCUUCCCCUUGCGUUUACAAUCUCCGUCGUCUGGUGAACUAUUUGAUCGAUAUCUCUCUCAGAUAAGGUUCUCAGGGUUUAGGUUGCUUCUAUGAGACGGGCACGUUGCAAUUGGUGCUUCAUAUCUAGGUAAUGAAGGCUUUAUGUGAUAGAUUUGUUCCUCAACAAUGUUCUUCAUCAAGCAAGAGUGAUACGCAUGAUAAGUCCCCUCUAGUUUCUGAUUCAGGACCUAGUGAUAUUAAGUCCAAGUUUACCUUAUGGUCAAACGUCUUUACGCCUUCUUCCUCAGUUUCUCAACCGUAUAGGGAUCCGUCAGCUUCUGGGCAUAAGCAAGUUUGCCCCACUCGUAAUGGUUGGACAGCAUUUGUAAAAAGAGCGUGUAUGGCAAGUGGCGCAAUCAGGAGAUUCCAGGAGCGCGUUUUAGGUCCAAAUAGAACUGGUCUUCCGAGCACAACAAGUGACAUAUGGCUCUUGGGUGUCUGUUAUAAGAUAUCCGAAGAUGAGGCCUCAGGGGAUACUGAUGCUGGCAGUGUAUUGGCUGCAUUUCAACGAGAUUUUUCAUCCAAAAUACUGAUGACAUAUCGUAAAGGUUUUCAACCCUUCAGAGACACAACAUAUACCAGCGAUGUGAACUGGGGUUGCAUGAUCCGGAGUAGCCAAAUGCUUUUUGCUCAGGCAUUGCUAUUCCAUAAGCUGGGGAGGUCUUGGACCAAGAAAUCUGAGCUGUCUGAACAAGAAUACUUAGAGACAUUGGAACCUUUUGGUGAUGCCGAGACUUCAGCAUUCUCCAUCCACAAUCUUAUAAUAGCUGGAGAGUCAUAUGGUCUCGCUGCUGGGUCAUGGAUUGGACCAUAUGCCAUUUGUCGAUCGUGGGAAUCAUUAGUGUGCAAAAGGAGAAAACAGACUGAUUCUAAAACCGAGACGCUUCCUAUGGCUGUUCAUAUCGUUUCUGGUAGUGAAGAUGGAGAGAGAGGUGGGGCUCCAAUUCUCUGUAUAGAAGAUGCCAUCAAAUCUUGUCGAGAAUUCUCGAAAGGACAGUCUGAGUGGACACCAAUUCUUCUUUUGGUCCCACUGGUUCUUGGGCUAGACAAAGUGAAUCCCAGGUACAUUCCAUCUCUCAUUGCCACAUUCACUUUCCCUCAGAGCGUAGGCAUUUUGGGUGGCAAACCAGGUGCCUCAACUUACAUAAUUGGCGUUCAAGAAGACAAAGGUUUCUAUCUUGAUCCGCACGAAGUUCAACAGGUGGUCACAGUCAACAAAGAAACGCCAGAUGUUGACACAUCCUCCUAUCAUUGCAAAGUUCUUCGUUAUGUUCCUUUGGAAUCACUAGACCCAUCUCUAGCUCUCGGAUUCUAUUGCCGCGACAAAGAUGAUUUCGACGACUUCUGUCUCCGAGCAGCGAAACUAGCGGAGGAAUCAAAGGGUGCUCCAUUGUUCACCUUGACUCAAACCCACAGUGCGAUAAACCAAAACAGUUACGGGUUUUCAGAGGACAACAUCGAGGAAGAACGUGAAGAUGACUGGCAAUUGCUCUGAUCAUCAUCAUCAAACAGUACACUUUAACAAAUCUCUGAAGCGACAAUUGUUUUACCUUUUCUUAACCAGUUCGUUGUUUUUUCAAGUGUUGGUGUAAAUCACAUUAGAAUCAAAACAAGUGUUGUACUAUAAGAUCUUUGGGAUUUUUCAAACAUAGAUUGAAGCAUGUGAAAA